AUGAAUACUCAUGAGAAGCUCGAGGAAGGAUACUCAACACAGAGGCCUUCUAUGUUCAACGGCAAGUUCUAUACUUACUGGAAGAACCGCAUGGAGAUAUUUAUCAAGGCAGAGAACUACCAAGUCUGGAAGGUCAUCGAGGUUGGUGAUUUCGAAGUCACCAAAACUAAUGCUCAGAAUGAGGUAAUCCCUAAGCCUAUGUCUGAAUAUGAAAAAGAGGAUUUUGAGAAAAUGGAAAUAAAUGCUAUGGCUGUGAAAUUGCUCCACUGUGGACUUGGACCUCACGAACACAAUCGUGUUAUGGGGUGCAAGAACGCUAAGAAAAUAUGGGAUUUGCUGCAGAUUACUCAUGAAGGAGCUAAUGAGGUUAAACGCUCAAAAAUCGAUCUACUUAUGUCCAAGUAUGAAAGAUUUGAAAUGCAGCCUAAGGAAACCAUUCAAGAGAUGCUAACCCGUUUUACUAACAUCAUAAAUGAGUUGGUUUCCCUUGGUAGACAGAUUCCUACAGAUGAGCAGGUUAGGAAGAUUCUUAGAAGUCUUCCACAAGAUGAGAGGUGGAGAGCUAAGGUGACAGCCCUUCAGGAAAUGAAGGACUUUACCAAGUUCAAUAUUGAACAACUAGCAGGUUCUCUCAUGACUCAUGAGCUACACCUUGGAGUCAACAAUGAACCCAUGAGGAACAAGGGAUUGGCUCUUAAGGCGGAUGAGAAGGAAGACUCAGAAGUGGACGAGGAUGAGGCUGCCCUAAUUGUGCGAAGAUUCAAAAAGAUGUUCAAGAAAAGCCGAACCUCAAGGAACUUCGGGAAAAAGACCUCAAAUCCAAAGCCUGACUACAGCUGCCACAAGUGUGGAUCCCCAGAUCACUUUAUCAGAGACUGUCCCCUUUGGGAAAAUGAUAAAGGAAAAGGAAAGGCUAAGGAACAUGGAAGAGAAAAAUUCAGCAAAGCAAACUAUCAGAAGUCAGACAUGAGGAAGGCCAUGAUAGCAGCCUGGGGAGACUCAGAGAGUGAAGAAGAAGAUGAUGACCAGCCAGAAGAGGAGACGGCCAAUCUUUGUUUGAUGGCCAAAUUAGAUGAUGAAAAAGCUUACCUUGAGGAACUCAAGAAAGAGGUAUUUCUUGAUCCUAAACAGCUUAAAACUCUCUCUAAAGAUGUCUUAAUAGAUAUAUGUCUUGAAGAAGAAGAAUUCUUUAGAGAUACAUGUGUAAAGUUGAACAAAUGUGAAAAAGCUCUUAAGGUUUGCAAAGAACAUGGUGCUUGGUUGGAAACAGCCUAUGCCAAGUCUCAAAGCAAAUUAAGAGAGCUUGAUUUUAAAUACAAACACAUAACUGAGAUAGCUGAUAGGAUUAAGAAUGAAUGUAUUAUUCUGAAUGUUGAAUUAACUCAGUAUAAGCUCAUAAAUUCUGAUAUCAGUUCUAGCAAUUCCUCAAGCGAUCAAUUGCUUAAAUUCAAUGUUGAUUUUGAAAAUUUGAAAAAUGAGCUUUCUACUUUAAAAACCCAAAAGGAUCAACUUGAAUCGGAACUGAAUGCUAGAAAGGAUAAAAUUAUUGACCCAAAAGUCAUACCUAAGUGGAUAGCUGAAGCUCAAGGAAAAAGAACUGAAGGUCUUGGUUAUAUGACCAAGAAAGGUGAAAAAUCAAAAUUCCUCUCACUAGAAGACUACCCUGGAGGAACAGUAACCUUUGGGGAUAAUAAGAAGGGCGAGAUCAUUGGAAAAGGCAAAUUUGGUAGAUCAAAAUCUCAUUCCAUUGAUAAUGUGUUCCUGGUCGAGGGCUUAAUGCACAAUUUGCUCAGUAUAUCACAAUUUUGUGACAAAGGAAACUCUGUAAGUUUUACUUCUGAUUCUUGUAACAUCAUCAACAACAAGUCAGGAAAGGUUGUUCUAGAAGGAACAAGAAGAGGGAACACUUAUACAGUUGACCUCAACUUAAUCCCAAGGAACAUCCUUACAUGUCUGAGUGUUGUUGACGAUGAUCCCCUGCUAUGGCAUAACGUUUUGGACAUGCUAGCUUUUCAUUACUGGACAAGCUAA